GUGCUAACAUUGCGGCAGCGCUGUUCUCGAAGAGAGCGAAGCGCUACCAUCCUCAGGCCGAAUUGUAAAGUAUUUCGUGAUUUUAGACCGUUAUUCUUUGUUUUUACAACCUAUUUGGAUGCUAAUUUGAAAGAUCUCUUCGAGCACUUUAAGAUGAAGUACAUUCUGGUGACUGGUGGCGUUAUUAGCGGCAUUGGAAAGGGAGUGAUUUCCAGCAGCAUCGGAGCUUUACUAAAAGGAGUUGGGCUGCAUGUUACGUCGAUCAAAAUCGACCCUUACUUAAAUAUAGAUGCUGGAACUUUCUCUCCUUACGAGCACGGUAAGGUCAAUAAUUAUUGUUUUCCCUUGGCCUUUUACGCUAAUUGAACGCAAAAGGCCGUGUUAUGAAAUUUAGGAUUGCGCGCGAAACAUCCCGCCAUUUUGCUCGAGUCCGUUACAUUUUGAGAGCCGCUUUUUGAGUGGAAGAAAACGAGCACAAGUUUUUACAUGCAGUACCAUUCUAUAUGUUUUACUGAUAUUAAAAAUUUGGAGCACAAGGCGUAAUUAUUACGCCACUUUCGGUUAGCGUGAAACCAUGUAGAUAAUUCGUGCGGGACGUGACGCACAUGGUGAGCUUAAUAAAAUAUUACAUAAUUUUGCUACGUACCAUCUUUGAUUUCAGGCUGACUUAGCUAGCGAGACGAGCAAAACUAAAAUUUGGAGUUGUAAUGAGGAAAGUAUGACCAUAAAGGCAAAAAAAAAGAUUCCCAGGAGUAUGAAUUAUGAGAUUCGCCCGUUCCCCCCCCCCCCCCCCCUCCCCGGCUCAUACGUUUUCGUGAGAAUGAUGUAUUUUGACCUUGGGACAAUGGCAUUUGGUUCCGUGGCACGCAAAAAUGCUGUACAUUUAUCAUUUGCGUGGAAAAAAAACUGUUUUUUUCUGGUGGGAAUAAAAAUUAAUUGCCUCAUUACAACAGAAAAUUUUUGUUAUAGAUAGGUGGUUUUCAUGCAAUCUCGGGAGACACAAAUAACAAUGGUGAAAUGAACAAAUGCUGGUGGACAAAGAAAGCGAGCUAAUGAGCGAUCUUUUGUUGACGGUCCACCAGCAUAGCGGCGAUGACGUAACGUGAAAACCACCUAUAGAAGUAAUUCUCUGUGAGGUUUUGUUUCAGCUUUUCCAAAGUGACCACGGUUUUUUGUGCUUUUUUGGUGGAUUACCAGUGCUACUGUAGGCUUGGUCAUUAGAGAUAAUAAAAAAUGGCUAACUCAUUCAGUUUACUCUUUCCAAAAAUUUCCAUGCUAGUCAGCUGAAUAUCACUCUUGUAGGUGUUUUUUUUAAUGUCACCUUUAAGAAAAUAGAUUUGCACUCCAGUUGUCUCACCAAGCUGACUGGGCCCUGAAGAACUGGCUGAGGGUGUGUUUUUUUUGGGAAAAUCCAAAUCUGGAUCAUGAAUCCAUAAAAUCCACACUCAGGGUGGAUGUUUCGGAUCAAAUCCAAAUCCGGAUUUUUGAAUUCACGUUCCGAGCUUUUUUUGGGAAAGGUUUUAAAAAAAGUGUUUUUGACAAGCGGUUUUUCGAAAAAAAAGGAAAAAGAAUCGCACGCAACAGAUAUGGUACAUGUAUGAAUUCUAACUGAACCCAUGUAGUGGGGCCUCAUUAAUUUUGAGCCAUUAUUUACAUAUCAUUCCAUGUUUGUCAUCUAUUUAAAUUAUUGAUAGACUGUUUUUAAACCCUUACUUGUCAUGUUUUUGUAUGUAUGUAGUGUCUGCUUACGCCGGUUUAUUUUCCAAGUUAUUUAAGGAAAAAACAAUUCAUCAGCUUCAGUUUUAAAUUCUUAUAAUUUUACUAUCCUAAGGAGUGUAUUCUAUUUGAAAUAUGUUUGUGUUUCAAACCAAAAUAUAUACAAUUCGUAUAUUCGUUCCUAGCUUAUGUUGCUUUUUCUUCUUGUCUUCGCCGUGAGGAUCAGUUUGUUGUUGUUUUUUUUUCCACGAGGGGUACGAGAACAUGCUGUUGUCGUGGUAAAUGAGCCUUUUUCGGAUCUUCUUUUUUUUUGGUAGUGAAGAAUCCGUAUGAUCAGAGAUCACAAAUCUGUUUUUGGAUUCUCCAAAAAAAUGCACCCUGAGAUUCCUUUCCACUGGAGUAACACUUGUAGACAGAUAUCAGUUGGACUUGAAAGUAAUUUCAAAAGAAUGCAUCAGUAUUAUAAUACCAACAUAAGAUGAGUAAUAUUCCAAAAGAUAUAAGCCUGAAUACUUGACAAUAUAAGCCAUCAAAAAAAAAAAACUUUGUGAAACAAGAAGAAGCUAUCAAAAAGACCAAACUUACAUAGAAUGCUAGAAACCUCAUGCUUCAGGUAUAAAGUGCCAACAGAAUAUUAAUUUCUCUCUAAUUUGUUUAACUUCUUAUUUUCUCUUUUGCUCAUUUGCUUGCCUUCUCCUUUUUCGUUCACCAUUUUAACCGAGACCAUAAUGCACCUUGUUUACACCCCUAAAUUUUUCAUGACCUUUGUCUUCAAUUUCUCUUGGGACGACUGUAGUACCAAGGAGAAAUUGGAUUCAAUAGUUAUGGAAAAUUGUGGGGGGUAAACAACGUGCAUUAUUGCCUUUGUGAAAAUGGUCACUUUGCUGAGUAUUGAUCUUAUGAGGAGUGCCAAAUUCACAUGGGAAACAACAUGUUCAAAAAAUUGCGCAGUGCUGCUCCUCUUAGAGAGAGCAAAGCACUCUUGGUGCUGUUGAAAAAUAUUUCUUCAUUUAAGAGUUUAUUUCUUGUUUUUACAACCUGUGUGGAUGCUGAUUUGAAAGACCUUGUUGAAUAAUCAAAGAUGAAGGGCAUGUACAUUUUUGUGAUUGGUGGUGUUAUUAGUAGCAUGAGGGUGAUUUCCAGCAGUAUCAGAGCUUUACUAAAAUGAGUUAGUUAUUUUCCACUUUUAAUGAACUGACUCACAUAGUUUGUACCAAUUUGUGCAGAUUACCUUUUCUUCAUUUAGGCUUCCACGUUAGAAGUAGUGAAUCAUUUGGCUCAUUUUACUUAAAAAAAUUCAAUACUUGUGAUUGAAGAUUGCAAUGAAAAACAGACCACACCAAAAUAAUACAGAAAAAAGGGGACCUCCUUGUACAUUUUCUGCUACGCAAUGUGACUUUUUAAGUUAAUCUUGUGAAUAUGUAUAUUUUACUUGUUUUUUAAAUGCCUUUUGUUGUUUUGUACUACUAAACUGUAUGUUAACUGUUGAAUUACCCUAUUGGCCAUAUUUGCUGGAAUUAGUUGGGGUUGUGGUUGUUGUUGAUACAUGUUUAAUGAUCUAUUUUUUAUUACAACUACCAGCACAAGGAAAAGAUGUCGUACCCGUCAUCAGUGCUAAAACUCUUUUAGCAACCAUUGCACAUCAUUUUUUAUUCUUUUCUCCCAUAUCUGGUGCAAUCUCUGUUUGUUUCCCAUCUUUUCAUUACCAUGAUUAUUGUUAGUAUGCUGAAAAUUGCUUAAAAUCACAUAAUGUGCAAUGUUUGGUACCAAAUUGUGGUCAUGUUUUUCUGUUUUGUGGCCAUGCGUAGGUACAUGUAGGAGUGUAAUAAUAACCAUCAUUCUUGACCAAAUGUUGUAGGUGAAGUGUUUGUUUUGGAUGAUGGUGGAGAAGUAGACUUGGACCUGGGUAAUUAUGAGCGAUUCCUUGAUGUUACCCUUCACCGCGAUAACAACAUCACAACUGGCAAAAUAUACCAGAGUGUGAUUGAUAAGGAGAGACGUGGGGACUACUUGGGUAAAACUGUCCAAGGUAAUUAUUCUUUCUUUUCUUUUCCUUUUUUCCCUAACAUCCUUGUGAUUUAUAAAAGGAUGAGAAUUCAAGCAACCUUUUGAAGCCAACAAUAGUCCAGUUUGCGAAUUAUACAUUACUGCUGAAUACAAACAUUAACGACACAUUCAUACAGGGUUAGCCUCGAUGUAAAGUAAAAAAUGCAGAAAUUCCGGCAAGUACAGUGUAAGUGUUUGAAAUUUGAACGUACACAAUAGACAGAGUAAUAAAUAGGUCUUUUUCUCGUUGGAAUUUGUGAAUAUAUUACUUCAGGGGGAGACUAAGCCUGUAAGAAUGCAUCUUCACUUCUUUAGUUCAGCGGUCAUAGCGAACUCUAAACUGGACUAUUGUUAUUAUUAUUUUUCUUGUUAAUGAGUUAAAAUUCUCAUGUAUGAGUAGAUGUUUAUGUUCUUGUUUAAUUUUAUCCUUGGUUUAGACUUUAUUUUUGCAUUGUUUGUGGGUAUGGUCAUGUAUGGUAAUAAGUUUGGAAUAAAGAUUAAGAAGAAUAAAACUUGAAACAACAAAAUCAAACCAUUACAUACACAAUCUACUGUAUUACAUUUUCCUAAAUCUAUAGGUAAAAAGCCUACCAGUCUGUAGACAAAAAUAAUUAAAAUAGUUCUUUGCCCAUGCUAUUUUGUUGCACUUAUAUUUCUUUUGUGUUCUCUUUGUCAUCCCCUUCCCUUUGUCUAUUCCCCCAUGCCCUCAUAAUUCCAUAAUCCCUAACUUCCCACCCAUUCAGAUUUUCCGUUUUUUUGUAAAACCGCCUGGAGUUACUGGCAGGGUUCACAGAUAAUAUUAUGCCCAAUUUGGCUUAUUUUAUGCCAAAAUAUUUCAAAUGACUUUACUACUGUUCAACAGAUGCAAGCUAAUUUAACUUAACAUUGCCCCAAACUCGUACAGAACAUCAAAAUAAGAAUAUCUUUGAUGAACAUGUGUACACUUGGGAGAUUAAUACAAUCAAUAAAUUGUAUUUUCAUUUUUACCAUCUUGAAUUUUAGACUUCGGGGUCAGCAGUCGCUCCUAAUCACGUGAACUUCAAAAAUUAAAAUGGCGUUCUCGGUCAAAAGUCCAUGUUUUGCAUCAAAUGGGCAAAAUAAUUUAGGAGGAAAAUGAUGUUUUGUAGCAUUAAGGCUUCUGGAGCUCGAUAGCAACCCAGAUUUUGUUGGUUUUCUUCUACAAAUGAACCCAAAGACAUCACUGAUUGAUAGAUGCUUGUCUUGUAUCCUGCUUCUGAGGUCGUCAACAGUGUAAUCAGUUCAAGCUUUAUACGCGUUUCAAGGAAUACACUCUUGCCUGUCCCCUGUGGAAAUUCUGGAUCUAAAGACCCCAUGCCCUCAGAUUUCCAGUUCAAAGAUUGCCCCCUUGCCCUUGGAAUUCUGAAAAGCCAUACUUGGUAUGGUAAGGAUAUUUUCUGGAAUUGCCCAAUUUAAUUCAAAGUCCAAGUAAGGACUGGAGACAGAAAUAAUCAAUGACGUAAAAUUUUCAGACCUUCCAAGCUAUAUGUUAAAUGUUUGGAAGUGCAAGGGUAUGAACCCAUUACAGGCAAGUGCUGUUUUGUUUUUUGUAGUGGUUCCUCACAUAACAGAUGCCAUUCAAGACUGGGUGACAAGAGUUUCAGGUGAGCCAGUUGAAAAGGACACCAAUGCUGAUGUGUGUAUUAUUGAGGUGAGUGAACAGGGAAAAAGCAUUGUUUUAUUACAUCUUUGACAUUUUCAUUCUCCAGCCACAGGGUGCAAAGAAAGUCAUUUUUACAGCUUGCCAGCUGAAGCUAACAUUUACUAGCCCAGACGUCAUUUCAACUAGCCCCAAAAACGUUUUGAUGAGCAGAAUGGAUUUCACACUAACGGUUCUUCUGUAAUUUCGGGCAAGUCAAGAACAGAAUUCAUUGGCCCAAAAGUAAAAUCCACUAGCCCCGAGCUAUCGAACACUACUUUCUUUGCACCCUGAGCCAGAAUGAAGAGCAUUCCAACUUUCAUUUAAGGGUGAUCUAGGCUCAUUGUAAAUAUCGCAGGGAUUAGAUGAUGCUGAAAUCAUGUAUUUUAAUGGAAAUAGCGACAGUUGAACCUCUGCUAACAGCUGCCUCUCGACUGUUACAUGUACGGCUCCCUUUUUUGGUGGGCAGUCUAUACAUUCACUCUUGUUUAAACCUCUUUAGAAUGGCCACCCCUCCUCAGCAGCCACUUUCUUCUGACCCUAAGGGGGCCAUUGUGGAGAAUUUUAACUGUAUUAGAAUAAUUAUUUUAUACUAGUCAUCUUGCGGAGCACUUUUACUUUUGUUGUCUCACAGUAUGGUAAUCUGCCUGUAUAAUGAUCCAUUACUUCAAAUGUACACUGUACAAAUUUAGCCUAAUCAAUUUGAAGUCAUUAAAAACAACACUGUACAAAUUUUAAUGAUAUUCUGUUUGAAUUUUCUCAUAGUGGUAAUUGUCCAUAGAGUUACCAAAUUUUAAUGAUAUUCUGUUUGAACUUUGGAAAAGACAACUCAGCUUUGAUACCUGAGGUAUGGCCUGUUAUAUCACAAAAUAAUUUGAAAAAUUGUUCAAGAGCUUAUUGCUCAUGGGAGUUGUAAAUAAGUGUACCUGCAAAUUCAAUUUUGGCUAAACAGACUUUACUUGCCAUAGUCCCUUAUGUAAAUAUGAGUAAUUCUUUUAUCUUGAUAUGAUGGAAAUAAUAAAGUAAACUGUGCAGUAGCAAAAAGAGAGCACCGUGGCCAAGAGAAAUUUAUGGAGUCAGUGGACAGCUCUUUUUUGUGUUGUUGAGGAUGAGGUUGUAUGUUACAAAAAUGCUAUAAUCCAUUUACUUCUGAGACUGAAAACAAGAUUACACAAUGAAGGUACUCAUGUCACAGAUUUAAAACAAGCCCUGCGUUUCUUGCCUUAAGAGGAUUAACUUUAUUUGUGCUGUGUGCAUGUAUCAAUAUGUAAAUUUAGCUGAAGGUCUGGCAACAUUUUUCAGCCUGACUCAACUGGAGAACAGAAAACAAAGCCAACACAGAACAGUGUUAGAGAAAUGCGUGGUUUGGGAUUAAGUCCAGAUCUGGUGAGAUAUUUUUUUGCCUUUGAUUUUUCUGUCAUGUAGUUUGGGCAGGACUGCAUGGGUUUUCAAUAAGAGCAGGCUGCUGGCUAAAGUCACCUCAGGUUAUUUCAUGGGAACCCGCCACUUACGUUUCUUAGGAAAUUACCCCAGUUUUUACAAAUAACACGAUUAAAACAGAUUCUCAACCAACCAAUGACUCAUAGCUACUAGCAAGAAGAAAUAAAUUUUAAAAAAGAGAAUUCAUGGACUGUCACUGAAUAAAAAAAGGCAAAUUUUAAUGAGGUCUGUGUUUUGUUAAAAAAAAAACUCUAAUUUUUGCUCCAGAAUGCUGGAAAUGCAUUUCUAAGACCCCUAGAAACUUGCACCCUUGACGCUAGUUUUUUCCAUUUCUGCCUAUUCCAAUGCUUUUGCCACCUACUUAAAACCUUAUGAGAAAGCCCUGGGGUUGUCACUAAGAUUUCAAUUUUGUGGGAAUGUGCAAUUAGCUAGUGAGAGAAUAGGCCAUUUCCUAGUGCCAAAAACUCUCAAUUUCAAAAUGAGGCUAGGCACAAAACCUUACCUGUGAAAAUGAGUUUUAUAUGCUUGAGACUAAAAAAUCUUAUUUUUUAUAUCAAUGGCUUUGCAGCCUCACUUUGAAAUAGAGACUUGAGGCAACUCAGAAAUGGCCUAUUGAACAGCUAGAAUUUUCUUUAGAUUCUGUAUUUUCUUUUGUUUUCCGUGAAAGUAGCCAAGGCCCAUGCUCAUUAAAUCCCUGGAACCAGGGCUAACUCGCAUAAACCUUUCUUAAGAACAGUAACCUGUUGUUUUGAAAUAAUACAACAACACACAUGUAGUUACUUAAUCUUAAGAUGUUUUUUUCAACCCAACCAAGGCCCUAUAUUGACAGCCCUGUUGGAUUUAAAACACCUGCCCUUAAUUAGGGCCAGAGACUGAUGUUAGUGCUUUACCUGCAUGAUGGUGACAGUAGUAUGAAUACUGCACAAGGGAUACAAUGUAACAGAUUGCAGAUGAAGCGUUUCCAGUUCAUUCUGCUGCCAUCAAGUAUCAAGAAGUCUCUGACGCACAGUGAUAUUCAAGCUUAGCGUUUACUGCUUUGCAAAAGCAAUGCUAUCUACUGUACAUAAUUCCAAGGUGGCAGGAAAAGUUUAAAAACAUGUUUUAUGUCCAAAAAGUGGUAAACAAAAUAAAAUACUGUAAGCUUUAGAAGCCAAAGUCAUACUAACUACUCUUAGUUUACCUAAAGUUAAAACCACUCUGUUAAGUUCAUAAAAUGGGUUCUGAAGGGGAAAGAAGUCAUUCUAUAUGAAGGAAAAUUGUGCAUUUACAUGUAUGCCAUCAACACACUCCACCUACCAGCAUUUUAGUUACCAAGAAGUUUAAUAGUGCAAUCCUCUUCAUAGUUUUGAAACAACGACAGCAGCCCAAUGGUUUAGUUGACAAAAUACAGUGAUUCCUAUGAAAGUUUUCACACAAAUCUCGACCUCAAUUCAUUGUGUGGUCAUGAUCACCUGAGUGAGUGGCCUUCAGGAAAGGUUGUCAGUAUGUCGGAUCUGAUCACUAUUAAAUCAAAAUUGCAGAUUAUGUGUAGAUGCAAGCAUCCUGUUACAACUUCUGUCAAGGAAAAGGUGUCUUUGUUUUGCCAUGUUCCCCCAGAGCAGGUAAGAAAUUAAUGUUGAGAGAGCAGGAAUGGUGGAGUGGACUGGUGGUUGGACCAGUGUGCUGCUGCAUAUCAUUCAUCUAUUUAAAUAAGCGUUGCUGGUUUGGCUGUCAGUCUUGUGAGUUGAGUUUAAUUUGUCUCGGACCUUCUCUGAGGGUUUUCUCCAGCUUCUGCAGUGUUCCUCCCUCCAUAAGCACCAACAUUUAAUAUUAUUAAUUCAAUUAAUUUUGAUUACCAUAUUAACUAGAAAGAGCCUGGUGGCAUAGCCUGAAUUUCAUCCGAUUACUUCGAGUCGCUAUUACUCCCUCAGUAACGUCUGAAUCGACCGGCCGUUAAUGCCGUCCAGUGACGUCACUACUCCUUGACCUUUGCUUUAAUUCAUGCAAAAAUUUUUCAUUAAACCAUAAAUUAAAUGUCUGCAGAAAGAACUGCCUUUUUCGAUCGUAAUUCAUGUUUAACGUUCAAACUAUCAACUUUAAAACUCUGAACCGGUUGUAUUUCUAAAUCAAACUCGGUCGCAAUCACGCAAUCAAAUAAACACACACACGCAACACUUAGUUAAAAAAACACAACGAUUUUUUAAUUGAAAAGAAGCUAUUUGGUCCUUAACAGUGGAAAAAACAAGGAAACAAAAAAGAAAAGCAACAGAAUCAUUACACUUGACGGUGGCAGCAGGUCGAAUUAUAACAUUGACCUCAGAAAACUUCGCGUAAACAAAAUCACCGGCCGCCGAAACAGUCUCCGCAAUGAUUCUUCAUUCGCAGUUCAAUUUAGCAUUUCAGUUUCGAAGGCAAAGGCAAAAUAUCAAAAAAUUUUUCAUAAUUAUACAUAAUUAUGCGAAUGUUUAGACAAUCAACCAAUCAAAAUCACUACCCGGUUUUCGGGUAUGUUAACGGCCGGUCGAUUCAGACGUUGUUGAGAGGAGAAAACGACUCGUCGGAUGAAUUUCAGCCGAUUUAGAGUAACCAAUGAAUUUUCCACUUACCAGUUUGGGGAGUGCAAUCAGUUUUUUUUGAAUUUAAGUGUGCUGGACUGAAAGCAUUAGCAGGUCUUAAGACUCUCAUAGAAUCAGAGGUUUUUAAAAUUCUGGUGAGAUAACAUAGUAACCUUUCAUGAAAAGAUUUUUUUCAUGCCUGUUGUCCUCGUGUCCAUUUUUUACAUCAGCUUAUUCAGGAGGAAGUCAUGUCAUGGCUGCUAUUUUUCCGUUUCAUUUUUGCUUUUUUGAGUAAUAUUGCAGUUUCAAUCAACCAUCCUUUUGUCAGUUUUCACGGUUUCAUUUGUUUCAUGCCACUGUCUCAAGCCCAUGUCGGCCUGGGCCCUAGACAUUUUCCAUCUUCAAAGUCGAUGACAACCUUGCAAGUCUGAGUUGUAUUUGGCAUGUGUGUUGCAGGUAAUUGAUGUCCAUGAUUGCAAGUCUAUAUACAGAGUACCAUUGUUGUUGGCAAACCAGAACAUUGUACCACUUUUUGCCAAGAGACUCCAGAUGGAAAUCAAGUCACCACGAAAACCAAGGCAUUUCAUGGUGCAGUGGAAAGAGCUGGCAGAGAGGUGUGCUUCAAGACUACAAAUCUUUGAUAGCUCUUCACUGUGAUGUCAAAUUCUGUUGUCAUUAUCCACAGGAAUUAAGCAUAGUGUUGAAAAAAAAAAGAGAAGAAACAAUUAUUUAUUGGUACCUAGGAGAAAAUGAAAGGUUAAACAUUCAGUUCACAGGGCUCCAAAAAGUCCUGUUUAGGGCAUUACACUGAAUCGUAGCCAACAGUUACCAGCACCGUACAAACCACUUAUUGACAAGAUCAAGCAUAACUAACUACGAGAGAACGACUGGAGAACUGACAAUUUGACUAACAAUAGACAACUGUUUAACUGUGACAAUAGACGGAUCGAAAUGCACCAAUUACUGAUUACGAGUCUUCAUAGCCAAUAACAUCACGGCUUAACUGACAGACGACUAAUAACACCGCAACAUAAUUGACCAAUCAAAUCAAUAACCAGAGCAUAAUACCAUCAACUGACAUGAUACAACUCACUUUGACUCUGAAGAUGACUACCACACAGGUUGUCGAAAUGUCAGUCACUGUCAACAACAACAGUCCUAUUCAGGACUACGUUCACCCGGACGAUCAAACUCAACCUACUUUUGAAAUGACUCCUGCGUUCAAACCUUUCACUAUAUUUUCCUUACUGGGCAUUUAUUUUAUUAAGCUUACUUUGCCCUAUGGACAGCAGUCCAGCCAAGUCAUCGUAUAGCUAAAAUAAUAUUGUUAUUACUUGUAAUAACCAAAGGUUACGGAGUGUGGGCGACAACAGUCGUAACCUGCGUAACACUUUUUCUCCAUUGCUGUGCUUUGUAUAAGUUUCACGUGACAGAUAGUCAAAACAUGCGUGAUCAGAUUACCAGUGAUUGAAGGUCCAACCACGCAUGAUCAAAUUGCAUCCUGUGCAUUCCAUUCAUUCUUAGUGGAAGUCCAAAUAAAUGCUGGCUACAUAAAUGCGAGGCGUGCGUAAUAACAACCUGGGCCCAGUUGCUUGAAGCAUGGUUAGCGUUAACCAGCGUUUAAUACCUUGACAACGUAUUGGUUUUGAUACUGCUUAACCAAUGGUUAAAGCUAACCAUGCUUUGAGCAACUCAGCCCUGGAGAUUAGGAUCGUGAGCUCCACUUGUCACCAGCAAUUAACUAAGAUGAGGAAGCAAUGGCCCCAGGCAAGCAAAAUGUGGGACCUUCUUAUAAACUGGAUUUCAAGUUUCUUUAAGCCCUGUGUGAAACGUUUUUUGACCUAUAAGCCUUUCUGAAUGUUCUUUGUUGUUGUUGUUGUUCUUAUUUGUUUGUGUGGUUGUUUGUUAUUUUUUAGGGAAGAGCGUCUUCUAGAUGAAGUGAAGAUUGCUCUUGUUGGCAAGUACACCAAGCUGGAGGAUGCUUACAUAUCUGUUCUUAAAGCUUUAAAGCAUGCAUCCCUUCACUGCAAUAAACGGCUGAAUGUUGUGGUAAGGUUCCUUUGAAAAAAGACACUCUAAUACAAUUUUGUUCAGAAAGAUGCUUAUCGGUACAAAGUAUGCUUAGAUAACUGCCUAGUAACAUGUACAUGUAAUGAUACAACUUUAACACUGUCUUAAAUGUUUGUUGCAGCAAAUUCUAACAUCCCUCAACAUAUGGGAGAGUAUUAUUUUUUUAUUUGUAACUUGCAGUGGGUAGAGGCUGAAAAUCUUGAGAAGGACGUACAAGAAAGAGAUCCCAUAAAGUAUCAUGAAGCAUGGCAAAAGUUGUGUAGCUGCGAGUAAGAACUAGUUUACUUAAAACUAGGCUCUGUUCUCCUUGUAAAUCUAGAGCGGUACAUGUACAAAAAGUGGCUCUUUAGAGCUGUCAUUAAUGGCUGUAACCUGUAACACCUGUUAUGUCAAAGCUCACUUGAUGUAACCUGAGAUCAGGCCCAAUUUGAGUGGUUCUCAUACAUUCUCUCUAACGGCUACCACUAAAAUUGGGCCUGAUCCAAACUCAUUGGCAUUUGUGCUCUGGCCGUAACGCUGAUUGGCUCUUAGAACAAUGCUACAAGAUCUGAUUGGCUGUUGGAAACACCAGAAGUUGAAAGCGCUUAUUCCUUGUGUGGUUGUUUUCGUGAAUGAUCCAUCGUCGGCGGAGGGAAGGAUCGAUUUUGCUGUCUUUUUUAUUGUUUUAUGGUCUUAUGGUGGGAAAAUAUGCCUUAAUAUGUGCCAUGGAAAUUCAGAAAAUUCAUAUGGUUGUUCAUAUCUUCUCAGGAUUUGCUUUAUUUACGGAAAGUGAGUGUAUCGCGGAGUUGAAUCCCUCUGCAAGUUGUUGACCACUAACAAGGUGCCUUUUGAUUUACCAACAAACGGGUGCAAAUCAAAAUACUGUCCAUCUUAAAACUGGUUUCAUUUGAAAGUUUAGCCGGGAAUGACUUCUCUGAACGGGGUAUGCAAGCGGAGGCUCAUUGCGAAAGAAACCUCAAUUGCCAACUGUGAGGUAUUAAUAUUGCAUCGCUGUUCAAGGAAUUUUCAGUGUUAACAGACUGGUCGUUUGCCUUCGCUUUUUGUAAAAAAUAAACCAGGAAAACUGUUGUCCUCACUCGUUGGCUGUUUGCUUUUGUUUUUAAAGACUUAUGUACUGAAGUCGGGAGAAAUUGCCAAGGAAAAUAUUAAGGCAACGGAAAAAUAGAAAUUUCAGUAUUUUAAAUAUGAGCGCGCCUAGCCAAAGUAAUAAAACUAGUAGAACAUCGUGUCGCCGUCUUUUCGAAAAUUUUUUACCUUCUACACCAACAGAAAUAACCUUCGAGAUCUCCCUUAAUCUCGCAAGAAGUUAAAUGUGAUUGUCCUGAUUGUUUUACUUUUAGCUGAAAAAAUUAACAGAUAAAAGCUAUUUUUUAAGUCAGCCUGUCUGCAUUUUUCCCACGCGUGAAAAAUUUGCAUACUAGAAAAACAAGCAACGGAAGUAAUUUUGGUUGGCUGAUUCGGCAAAUGUCAAUCAGUCAAAAAAGUGGGCGGCAGACGUUUCGUAGAAGGUUUGUAUCAGGCUCUCUUUUCGUUUCGCCAUGCCCGCCAGACAGAAUGUUACUUACAAAGCAAAACGAAAAUAGAGCCCGAUCUUGAUGUUACGGGUGAUCAAAGUGGAAAGCAAAAGGUGACCCUUAAUUUUUGUGUUACAGGUGAAUCUUCAUUGCUACGACUGCUUAAAAACUUAAUGACAGCCCUGACUUUCUGUAGAAUGCACUAUCAAACCAUUUUGGUUAACUUAAAUUCUUUGUUUGUAAUUAUUGCAGUGGCAUUUUAGUACCAGGAGGAUUUGGAAAAAGGGGAGCAGAAGGAAAAAUGGCCGCUGCUGGAUGGGGAAGAAAGAUGAAAAAACCCUAUUUAGGUAGACCUUUCCCUUUGGAAUAGUAUAUUAUUAUUAUUUGUAUUGUAAGGCAACAUAACAUACUUUAAUACAAAAUUUUCUCAACUACAGUAGAAAUUGAUCUUUUAAACCAGGUUCAGAUGCUGUACUUCACAUUAGAUGAAUCAAAUAGUACUGCGUCUGAAGCAGUUCAAAAUGGCCUAUUAAAUGUGUAUUGGAUUGGCUUAGCCAUUCUAUAAGCCUGGCUAAGCCAGGAAUAAUGGCUGUGGACCUGUCUUCAUUCAGAUGCAGAACUUCACAUGAGUGAAACAAAAUGAAUAAAUUUUUAUGAUUUAGUCUACAGCAAUGCACGUGUUUUCCGUUAGAUUUAGUUCUGGUAGAAUAACGUUUGUUUUAAAUAAGCAAUAUUUAUUACAACAUUUUCUCUAAGAACCUAAAAGGCUCGUCUAGAGAGCUUAUGCUUUUUACAUUGAAUAUUUCAAAAAUACAAAGACACGUCACAAUCAAACACACUCUCAAAAGGGGAAAGAUUAAAAAGAAAAACAAAUAUAAAAAGUACAAACACACACAGCAAUUAACAGAAACGAUUUGAUAGUGAAAUAAACGACUAGACAAGCUGAAACAACCUAACGUUAAUUUGAAAAUCAGCAGUAGAAAUACCAGUUAAAAGCCAAUCGAUUUUUUCCUUUCUGAGGCACAAUGCCAUCUAUUUCCAAGUAAUUGUGCAGUAAAGUUUGGUGUCUGAAUCUGUUUAGUCGAAAUUAAUUUAAGUCAGCCUAAAUUCUAAUCUGAUUUGGCUCGUGAAGUAUGGCUUCUGAACGGAGCCUUAUUAAAGGAUUUAACUCUUUACACUUUAAGAUCCAAAUUUGAAUUCUCAUUUGUUGUCCCCAUUCAUUUCCUACAAGCAAAAGCAAAUUCAUCUUGUGUGAUCAUGAGCAUAGUUCUCACGACCACUCUGCUUUACAAAGCAUUGAUAUGACAAGGAGAAAUUUGAUGCUGAUCACUCUUAGGGCUUAAUGGGUUAAAAAAUUCCCAAGGAACAAAUAAGUUGGUUUUGAUCUAUUUUAUUGAGGAUUUAAAUAUUGUCAGAAGGAAGUUUCAUUAUUCUGUUUUAAAGGUAAAUGUCAGCCGUGAAGCAGUGUGCAAAGAAAGACACUUUACAGCUUGCCAUUCGGGCCUGCUGUAGCUAGCAUGUACUAGCCCUAAAGUCAUUUCAAUUAGCACAAAAAAUAGAAAAAAUGGAUGAGCAGGAUUGAUUUCUGUUCUUCUGUUAUGUGAACUUGACUUGGCCAUUAGGCAAGUUUAUGAAUAACAGUAUUUUCCAGCCCGAGAGCCAAAUCCACUAGGCCCUAGGCUAUUUGCCUGCGUGCAGACGUCUCCUAUUUCCUUUGUUGCACGCGGAAAAGGGACGUCUGCGUAACGCCGUCGCUAAUCGUGUUCCAGCGUCCCGCUGGCAGGGUAUUCUAUUUCGCAUAAAUUGUGAAAUAAUAUCCGGUUAGAAAUAAGAGUUAACAGGCCAAACAAAGCAUCAUAAGCUCGUGAUACGGUCGAAAAGGAAGUCUUUGAACAGAGGUUUUUUCUUUUUUCGCGCGAAAAACUAAUGUGCAUGUAGUAUUCUAAGCUUUGACUGAAACGGUUUUUUUGCCGCGCUAAGUCUUCCAUUUAGAAAAUGAAGCAGGUUUGUUACAUGCAUACUGAGUAAUCAUUUCCUGUGGUUUGUGCUUCUGUGGGUGUUCCCGAUUGGAUUGGAUUUCAGAUGCAGUUGUAAAGUGUUUAAAUUUUCUUGACCUCUGUUUGUUACGGCUAAAUAAAGAUUUUAGUUUCUUUGGCUGGCUUUCUCCGAAAAGCCUGCCUGGUGCGAAGUCCACGCCGCUUUUGUAGUUUUCUCAGACACUGUUUAAAAUAUGAUGUGAUGUGUCAUGAUAAAUUGCAAAGAUUUCCUCUCGCACACGUUAAAUUUUCCGCGUCCCCGCACAAGAUUUCGAUCGUUCUGUUUUUCGAUCGACGAAAAACACAGCACACAAUCGCACAUGUUUUGAUUUGUUUUGGUUAGAAAACCCAAUCAUUUAAAUCACCGCAUACAUUAUCAGAUCACAUUCGAUAACAACCAAUCAGCGUUAAGUCAAACAGUGCGCACUGUGUGUCAGCCUAUCACAGCGUGUUCCCAAGAUCUUGGGAACCCAGCAGGACGCUGGAACACGAUUAGCGACGGCGUUACGCAGACGUCCCUUUUCCGCGUGCAACAAAGGAAAUAGGAGACGUCUGCACGCAGGCAAUAGGCUAUCAGACACCACUUUCUUUGCACACUGCCUAAAAGAGGUUAUGAGCUGAGGUAUCAGAUUCAAACUUGCCCGUAUUUGCCAAUUAAUGCUGAAUGUUAAACAUCAUAUUAUAUACUUUGUUUUUCAGGAAUUUGUUAUGGUAUGCAGUUAGCUGUAAUUGAAUUCUCUCGAAAUGUUUUAGGAUGGAAAGGUAAUAACUUCUCUCAUUGUUUCGUCAGUUAUGCACAUAUCAAUACUUGUAUUUCAAGAAAAUACUUGUUGUAUUUAAUGUGCAUUUUAAAUAAGUCUAGUGCCCAUGACCUUUUGCUACUAAUGUUAUCUACUAUUAUGUACGCUCAUUAACCACUCAGCAAUAGAUCAUUCCAAUAACAAGUUUACUAACUAAGAUUUGACUGCUGCAAGUUAGAAGAACUCAUGAUAAUCAUUAGGCAGAAUAAGAAUCACUUUUAUGGAAAACGUCAUAUCCCACUCUACAGUUUUUGAAAUUACAAAAUAAAGCAGACAACAAUCUCAUUGCUGGCAUUGUGCUAAAAGCUAUGUGCAUCUUACAUUUUAUGUUUCCAGGGGCAAAUACAACUGAAAAUGAGCCUGAUACUACUUACCCUGUGGUAAGCCUGUUAUGAUAAUUUUAAUAAUUAUUUUGAUACCCAAGAGUAAACAGCAUCAGGAGAGCACAUCACUGUGUGAGGCAGUGUGGUGGUUAGCAUGUCAGUCUACUCUGUACAUCCACACUCAAAAGUGGUCUUCUUGUAGAUUGUUUCCUUAGACAAGAAACGUUUCUCCACGUUGUCUCUCUUUCGCAAAGGUGUAUAAAAGGGCACCGGCCAUAUACUGCUGGGUUAACCCUGUGUUGGUUUAGCAUCCCAUUCUGGGAAUGAAAGAUAUUAGUAAUUUGAGGAAUAACUGCAGAUUAAUAACAUGGUUUGCACGGGCCUUAAAUAGUCCUUGAAAAAGCAUAAUGUCCUCGAAUUUUCCACCAUAGUCCUUGAAUAUUUUUGAAAGCUCCUUAAUAGAAAUAACCUUCGUUGAAAAUAAAAUGUUUUGCGCAAAGAAAUGAUUGAAAGCACAGCACUACACAUUUUCUUGGUGAUCAUGAAAGUGUUUUCUUAUCAUUUCGGUGUUUCCGGCAUAGUUCAUUUUCCGUUAUUUGAAGUACCCUAGGAACCGUGACUUAACGAAGGAAGGUAGCACCUGCGCAUUUUAAACGUCUUUACUUCAUGUUAUUUGGGAAAAGAAGUCCUUGAAAAAAUAAUUUUAGUCCUUAAUUUUUCCCAAAAAAUUUUGUAUGAACCAUGUCAUAGAACAUAGUUGUUGAGACCAAGCAUAAAAACAUAGCCCACUUCAGUUGAGCUUAACCCUUUGAGGACCGCUUUGGUCGUUUUCGUUCCACAUGCAACAAUGAAUAUUUCCCUUCUUGGAUCAUCAGUAUGAGCUAUUAAGUUGGUAAGCAGCAACGUCAGCAAAGACAGGUGUUUCCAACAAUACCUCGUUUUCGAAAUUCUGCUGACAGAGUUACACACAAAAACCAAGUAACAUUUUGGGGAAAAAUCCGUUGCUAAUUUCGCUAUUUUUCUACUACUAUUUGCAGAUUAAAUUUGUCUCUUUCCUAAAAGUUUAGCCAGCCACAACUCCAUGCAAAUUAAAGACGAUAAAGUGGGCAGCAACACUGGAUAUAAAAAAGAAAGGCAAAGGGAAAAAAGAAAGAUCGAGUGCGCGUAAAAACAAAAGAGCUGCUUCAUUACAUCCUAUUAGUCGGAAAAUAUGUCCUUGUUGUUGCAAAACUAAUUUUUUGUCAUUCCCAUACUGAUUGGCCGAAAACCAGUCCAAAAAAGAGGAAUUGGUGAACAAUGCGGUUUUUUUCGCAACUCUCUGGCAUUCUCCAAAGUGUUAACCCAUUUGUCCCUGAAUAGCAGGUAACACCCCUUCCUAUCCAUGUCCCCUCUACCGUUUGAGACGUCAUCAGUUUUCACGGUCAAGGACAACUAAUCUGAAACUGCAUUUUGUAGAAUGAACCUUAUUUUGUUUUUAGGUCAUUGAAAUGCCUGAACACAACCCAGGCCAGCUGGGAGGAACAAUGAGACUUGGAAGACGACGUACAGUGUUUUCAGAAACUCAUGAAAGUAAAACAAGUAAGACUUAAAAAAACUCCCUAGUCCUAUAAGACUAAUGUUAUGAAGAGUAGGUGGACUGCAUGCUAGCACGUACAGCAUGUUUAGAAGUCCGUUGGAACGAAGAAAAUUCUUUUAAAUGAUCAAAUUAAUGAAUUAUUCAUUUACUCAUUGUUGUAUUUAUUAUUGUUAAUUUUUCAAAAUUGGAGCCAUGAAAAAAGGUAUCAACAGAUUACUUUAACGCUAUUAAUGACGGCAAUAAAGAAUGUCUCGAAUUAGUUUCGUCUCCGCCCCUCUUCCGUCCUAUACUUUUCAAUUUCCUGAACCUGCAGAUCCAAGACGUGUUGUUGGGGUCUAUUUUUUUUAGCCUUUACCACCUAAAAAAGUCACUGCCAUUUUGGAGAAUUUCUGAUAAAAGCGAAGGAAGUGUUAAAACUAAAAUCGCAAAAGGCCAUUCAAUCCAUCGUGGAAGACUGUGACAAUUUGAGAGUGACCGUGACUUAAGCAAGCCCAAAACCUUGGUCAAGUAAUACAUUUUCAUUAAGUAGGCUGCUAUAUAUAAAGGUACACAAGAAAAAUAAUAAUAAAUUGUUAUUUUUCCUGUUACAGGAAAGCUUUACAAGAACGCAUCUUUUGUCGAAGAGAGACACAGACACAGAUAUGAGGUAAAAGACUUUGUAGGGUAAAAUGUUUUUUUGUUACUCCUUCCUUGGUCUAGGAUCCUGAUCACCGUUUUUUUUCUUAGGCGCAUCGUUGGUCAAUGAAUUUAAAAAACUUCGACUCGUUAUUACAAGUCUAUUGUUCUCAGAGUCUGAAAUAGUUGCGCUUGUAUAUGAGUUUUGCAAGCAUUUCGUCAACUUGACCUCAGGUUUUUCAUUAUCAUGUUGCUGGCUUUUGGCAGGUUGUUACUUUUCUUCUUGUCCCAUUAAAAUUAACUGCAAAGUUUUUUCGGCCCACACCUUUUUUAUAUUGUUUGUAAAAUAAAUUAAAUAUUGUCUGACAAGUGCAGUUGUACUCCCUUAUUUUCCUUAAGUAUAACCUGGCAAGUAGCCCAAAAGUUUUGUUGUGCCAAAAGUAAUGUUGCUUCAGCCUCGGGGUUGGGUGUCCCGAAAUUUACUCCUCAGGCACACAGUGACGAAGUCUUUAAGGCUCUUAUUAAAAGUGUGUAUUUCUGUUCUUAAAACGAGAAAAAAGGAAUAAAUAGAGAAAGGCAAUUAUGACUGCUUUGUCGGUCUAAAGCAACAUCUUCAAAUUAGUGUCUGGUGACGUACCCUUGGGAAAAAUGACUUUAAAAAGCCUUGAGCUCAGUUAAAGCGUUUCUUUUUGCAAACUUAAGUAGCGACCUUUAUAAUUGGAAUUUCAAGCUUUCUGUUUACCUCCAACUAAUAAAGGCGGUCUUGUUACUGACUGGCACGAAGGUGCGUAUUUUUUACAGUGUGGUACACAAGGUAACUUUUAUUUGUCGAGGGCUUUUUUGGCCAAAAAAAGUAAUUUCCUUGUGUUAAAUCAAAGGUUAACCCAACAUAUGUCAAGCAGUUAGAGGAGAAUGGCAUGCUGUUUGUUGGAAAAGACGUUGAAGGCGAAAGAAUGGAAAUCAUGGAAUUAAAAGGUAUGUGUUUAGGGUUCACCCAGGUCAUGGAAAACCUGGAAAGGAUUUUCCAGGCCUGGAAAAUCAUUGAAUUUAAUUGUUAGUCAUGGUAUAUCAUGGAAAAUUUUAAGUUAUGUUUGGUAGAUUAGUUACUGCAAUGUCAAAGCAAGGACAAAGUGAGAUAGAUACUACCUGUUAGAGCGAACGACACGCGUUUGGUGGACACCAGAUUGUGUAUGCUGAACCGGGUGUGGUCAAAAAAAUCCCCCCAAAAUAAAAGUAGAUUUCAGCUUCACUACGCAACAGACAGAGCACGUAAUGAACCAUUAGGUUUAUUUUGCGUGUUUUGGCCGAGCACCAGAGUACAAUAAGUAAUCUAAUACAAAAAACCAUGGAAAUCUAACACUAUCUUCUAAGGCCCUCCAAUAGCAGCUAGGAAAAUAACGAGAGCUGGGCAACCACUAACAAGACACAGUGGUUAGACGGGGGCCAGAAAAAACCUGCCGAAAAAAACCCUGUAGGGAAAAAAUAUGACAGGAAAUCUGGGUAGGAACCAGGCCCAAGCUCUGCAGCCCAUCCUACGAGGCGAUUAACAAAAAUAAAAAAUUAUAGUGAGUGGUGUCGGCCUAGAAUGAUUGCCCACGUGCAAUCCCAAGCUUAAAUACUCACACGCCAUUACCCAUGAUGCAACUACAUUAAAAAGACCCAGGCCCACGGCCUGCUGCUCCCGUGCCGCAGAAAUAUUUAAUUUCAGGCUAAUUCGUAGCGACUCAAUCGCCAGAAAUUCCAUUUUUGAAAAGUUUCGAAAGUGACCACUAAAUCUAAGGCCAUGGAAAACUGGGCAAGUUCAUGGAAUAAUUCAUGGAAUUUGAAGAGCUUAAAAGAGUAUGAACUCUGACAUGGAAUCUUUUGGUAGACUAUCCCAGCGUUAUAACUGAAAUUUUACAAAAUUAUCAUAGUGACCAAAUUCAGAUAUGCCUCAAAUCUUAAUUUUUAUGUACCACGUGUAAGAUCAAAUUGUGGCAAACACUCAUUUGAGUUUGCCAUAACCGUAUUCCGGGAAGAGAUUCCUACUAGUCUAAUAACACUCAGCUACUACCAGUUCAAAAAACAACGCAAGCGAAUUCUACUAACACUCAAAGGUAACAACGUAAAACGACUGUUUCUUAUAAUUCUUCAUAUAUGUUUAAAAACGCCUUUCGAUUCCGUAAUAUAGCGAUGUUUAGCCUGCAAGUUGUGUUCCUCUGACCACCGUACACUUCUCUCAAAGCCAUUUAAUUCUGUCUUUUCUUCUCUUAUUUGUUAUUUUAUUUCUGUUACUCUCUGAUCAAUGUAAAUACUGGACUGAGUGUGGAUAAAAAUUGUAACUGAACUGAAACUCAGAGAGACUGUUCCAGAGGAGAGAAUUGUUGCUGCUGUGAAUUUCUUCGGGUGUUUAUGAGCUGUUCCUUUUAUUUCAGACCACCCAUACUUUGUUGGUGUCCAAUAUCAUCCAGAAUACAUCAGUAGACCGGUCAGACCGUCCCCUCCCUACCUGGGAUUGAUUUUAGCAGCUAUCAACAAGUUACCACAGUACAUUGCAAGAGGAUGUCGACUGUCUCCAAGGUGCAGCAUCAGUGAAGAUGAGGAUGAUGAAGACGAGGAGUUAGCUAGGCUUCCAGAGUUUAAUCCUUAGAUUGAUUUAAAGGAGUUAUGUCCGGAAAUGCUUCCAGCAGUAUUUGACAGAAUUUUGCGGUUGUACGAAAGGCAUUGGAUAAGACAGUCUGGGGAGAAAAACAAAUUUUCGAGAGAUAAGACUUUGACGGUAUGACCUCAAGAGAAGACGUUACAAUGGAAGCCACAUUGAAGUCAAAACCGUCAGCAUGGCUUGUAGUACGAUUUUAAGCCUAGUUUCUAUCUAAGAUGGAAACUGCGGCUCUGAGAUAAAUACACACUACGCCCCAUAGGUAUGUGUGUACCCAGAACAAAAAUUGUUUACCUUCGCACUCUCACAGCCAUGAUCAGGCCUUCGAUCAGCAAAAUAUCGUGAUAAAAUUAAAUAUUUAUAUCUUUUUUUAUUAUGAGGAUUUGUUGACAUUCUAUUUAUUCGCCGAAGUUGUUGUACCUUGUGUGUACUUUGAAAUUUGUGUACUGUAUUUACAAGUUGUAGGUGAUGAUAGCCUGGUUGUUGAGGGGGAAAUUUGUAAAUCAAGGUCUCAUAUCAAGUUUCAGGUUUAGUUUAUGUCUUAUUAUUUCAUGUGUAAAUGAGUGUUUAAUUUUUUAAUUCGCCAGCAAUAGAGAGUAUUCUCUCACGUGGCCAGAAUCUAUGCAAAUUUAUGGAACAAAAGAAAUUUUUUACACAAGAAAAGAGUCCAACUCCCACAGGAUUUGUUUAAAACACCAAUAUGGCCGCCGUGACGUCAUGUGAAUACGCUCUAUACUAACUGCUGGUACGGGCCGAGUUAUUGGCCAACAACCAGUGCUAUGUUGCAAGCCAAAACUGCAUACACACCCAACAGAGGUCGUCUUUCAAGAGAGGAUUUCUUUUCUGCUUCGCCGACUUUAAGAAAUUUAUUGCGAAGAAAAGUUGUAAGCCGCGCUGCUAACAAAAACAAUCUCCACUUGCCAUUGCAGCAUAGCUGCUCUAUAAGUUGUACGGAUGAUGCUGCGACCAGCGGUAAGUCUUUCACUCCUUGAGGCAAUUCAAGUCAGACUUAGAGAUAAGUUCCAAAUUUUGUAUAGUAUUGAAUUCUACUGAAUAGCAAUUACAAUGUCCUUCUAAUUGGCUAUUUUUGAUGCUUUGAACUGUUAGCUUAAUAGACUGUUUUUAUCAACAACUUAUUUAUGCCAGAGUUUUUGUCUGCUGAGGAAAUGAUUACAGUUCAGUAGUUUCAAAAGUAAUGUGCAUUCAAACAGUUGUAAGGAGUGACAAGAAACUGCCAGCCGUCUACUUGUUUUCUUGUCAAGGAAUCUGAUUCUGAAUAUGGUUACGGAAAUUCCUUUAAAUAAUUGUCGCAUAUUAAGUUUUUGUAUUUCUGUAUAUAUAUAUAUUAAAACAUCCCUUCUUGCAGAUAUGCAAAGCCAGAGAGGCUGGUUGCUUUUCAAUAUUCAACUUUUUGUCUCUGAUGUUAGGCGCUUGUUUGGAAGAGAUAAGUUGUAUGUUAGACUAAGAGGCUGGGAUCUAAGUAGAUGAAACACGGUAGCGCCAUGUAGAGUGUUCAUUUGAAUGGUCGCAGGUACAUGUGCUCAAACUCAAAUUGUGCCUUGACCAUAGGAAACGCGAAAAAGUUUAAUGGUAUCGUGCGAUGUUUCACUAAUAGAUACACAAUGUUACCAAAUGGACGCGAGAGCAAAAAAUUUGUUAUGAUUUGAAGAAAUAACACAACAGUUUUUAAUUUACAAGACAUGUUUUGGCAAACUUAUGCCAUCUUCAGUUGUACUGAGAAGGUCGUUAAAAUUUGAAUAUGCUAAUUACAGCGAUUUCAUUGGAAGCUAAAUGUGACAGAAGAACAGUGAGGAAGGAAAAAGAAACAGCAUAAACAACAGCUAGGCUUCACGGAAAGUGACAGGUUUACAUGUUUCACCUGUUGAUUUAGAAUAGGUUUCUCUCACUUUAUAUACAUCGCUUCCUUAAUCUUUUAAGUGGAAUCCAGAGGCGGCGGUAUUAAGGAUAGUGAAACAUUCC